CGCAUAUGUGCUCUGCAGAGCGUUUUGCAGCUGUCGCCUUGGUUUUGGUUUCAACUGAUUUAAACGCGCAUGCUUGCGUACGUGUGCAUACAUGUUGCAGUAUGAUAACCACACGUGACAUUUUGGCGCACAAACGUAUUCAAGUUUGAAGCUCGGACAUACUAACCUAAAGCACAGUGUUUUUGGUGACAAUACUUCAUCGUCAAAAUGGAAAUGAUUGCGUCAACAACGACUCUCCUUGCGGAAGACGACGCGGACGAAUAUACUCCAGCAAAGUUAGUUAAAGCACUGGAGAAAAAUGGCAUCACAGCGGGAGACAUUAAGAAACUGCAGGAAGCUGGUUACCACACUGUUGAAUCAGUGGCCUUUGCACCCAAGAAGGAUCUUGUAACUAUCAAGGGCAUUAGUGAGGCAAAAGCAGACAAGAUGCUGCAGGAGGCUUCUAAGAUUGUUAUGAUGGGCUUCAAGACUGCCACAGAGAUACAUCAGACACGUGCUAAUAUUGUUUAUAUUACUACUGGCUCUACAGAAUUGGAUAAACUGUUGGGCGGAGGAAUAGAAACCGGGUCUAUUACAGAGAUCUUUGGAGAGUUUAGAUCGGGAAAGUCCCAAUUAUGUCACACUCUUGCUGUAAACUGUCAACUGCCGAUUUGUAUGGGCGGUGCUGAGGGCAGAUGCAUCUACAUAGAUACAGAGAGUACAUUCAGACCACAGAGAUUGCUAGCAGUGGCUGAGAGAUACAAGAUCAAUGGAGAGAGCAUCCUUGACAACGUUGCUUGUGCCAGAGCAUAUAAUACUGAUCAUCAGACUCAGUUGUUGGUUCAAGCCAGUGCCAUGAUGACAGAAGCAAGAUAUGCCCUGCUGAUAGUUGACAGUGCGACUGGUUUAUAUAGAACCGAUUAUUCUGGCAGAGGUGAGUUAGCUGCCAGGCAGAAUCAUUUGGCACGAUUCCUCAGGAUGCUGCUGCGGCUGGCAGAUGAACACGGGAUCGCCGUUGUUAUAACAAAUCAGGUGGUUGCACAAGUGGAUGGUGCUGCUAGUAUGUUUGGUGGUGAUCAGAAGAAACCGAUUGGUGGUCACAUUUUGGCACAUUCGAGUACAACGAGAUUAUACUUGCGUAAAGGUAGAGGAGAAACUAGAAUAUGCAAGAUAUAUGAUUCACCAUGUUUACCAGAGAGCGAAGCGACAUUUGCCAUAAAUCCUGACGGUGUAGGUGAUGUAAAGGAAUAAGUUCGUUAAACUCUAUACACAGUCUAAACAUAAUAAGUUAUUAUAUAAAGUGUACUUUAAUUUUUUUAAUACUUCUAACAAAUGUUGGAACUUACAUUGACACUUUUCUUUAAUGAACUUCUUAAUGAAAGUAAUUAAAAGGAUUAAGAAAGAAAUUAUAGCAAUAGAAUAUAAUUAAAGUUAAUCGUUAAACUAAAUAAAGAGGAGACUAGAUAUGUAAAAUAUAUUUUUUCAAGAUUAAUAAAUAUUAAGCAUAAGA